CAGCGUGUCCUUGGGGAUGCGCUGCGAAAUGUGUCAAUCAUGGCAGAUGGCUUUAUGUAAAUGUUACCAAAACGCAAUGUGAUGAUAAGCAAUCCUGAUUGACAUAUUCAGUUUCAAUAAACCCGAGUUUUGCGUAAAUUGAAAUGAGCAGUGCCUGCGCAAAUCAAAUUAUCCCUCCAUUAGUUUGGUAAACACUGUCAUCAGAAAAGUAAUUACUCUUUCCAAAAAAAAAAAAAAACAGGAAGCCCCAUAAAUGGAUUAUGAAACUUGAUUGACUGCCACUAGCUGAGCAAAUUGAAGCCUUGAUUGUAUUUGGCAGAUAGUCUCAGUGGUAGCCUGCUGUGAUUAAAGCACUAAUGUCUAGAGAGAGAAAUAUAAAGAACGCUUUAAAAAUUCCAGAUACCGUAUGCGCAUUGUUGCGUGUACCAUUAAAAGAUGAAUAUCGAUUGCUGAUAGCACCUCUCACCCCACCACUAAAAAAAAAAAAAAAAUCAAAAUCAAAGCCGUCGCUAUGGCAACGCCCCUGCCAGAUUCCACCAAUCAAUGGACUCGGCCGAGGUUUGCGAGAUGCGCCAGCGAAAGGCAGGCGUCCUACAUAAAGCGUGCGGGACGGGGAGCCAGGCGGCUCACGCACACACACACACACACACACAGGGGGCAUCACACCUCUGUGCAAACAACACCGCAGUGAGAAGACAAUUGAGGAAGCGAGAUGAUGCCCUCCCGUGAUCUAGGCUUGUUUCUUGGGGUCUCUUGGACCAGUCUGCUCCUCUUCAGCCACUUUAUAGCAGUUAGAGGAGCUCCAAUGAAGCUGGACGUGCCCCCGGACACGGGCGCCACCGUCCUGAAUCACUCCAUGAGCCUGGUGCAGCGUAUGGAGGGCUUGCUGGCGGCGGGCAACGGCAGCGACAUCACCCUCCGCGUGCACACUGUCGGCACGGACGAGGUGAAGGUGAUCCAGGCCCACAGCCUGUUGCUCGCCAUGCAGAGUGACGUGUUUGAGGAGCUGCUGCUCAGCCGCAACGGCAGCACCCUGGUGCUGCGGGAGCCGUCCGACUGCGCCGCCGUCUUUGACAAGUUCAUCAGGUACUUGUACUGUGGAGACGUGUCUGUGCGUCUUGACCAGGCUAUUUCUCUGCACAAGCUGGCCAGCAAGUACCACGUGUGGAGCUUGCAGCAGGGCCUGACCCAAUACAUGACCCAGCACUUGUCGAGCGAGUCCCCCACUGGCCAUGUAGUCGGUUGGUACAACUAUGCGCUGCAAACGGGGGACCUGGCCCUGCGGGACAGCUGCCUGCAGUACCUCUCGUGGAAUUUGUCCUCGGUGCUGCAGAGUCAAGAAUGGGGCUCCAUCAGUGAGGAGCUGCUCCUCUCUUUGCUCCAGCGCUCGGAUCUCAUCCUGCAGACUGAGCUGGAGCUCUACGAAGCCCUGGAGGCAUGGAUCGACCAGAACCAGCCUGUUGGCAAGACAACGGAGUCGGCUCUGAGGUUGGUUCGCUACGGCAUGAUCCCUCCUCAGUAUCUCUUCCGUCUGCAGAAGCAGUCACCCCUCAUGCAGAGGUACUAUGAGUCCGUCCGGGAUCUUCUCUACCUGGCCUUCCAGUUCCACUCCGCGUCUCCCAUCACUUUGGCCAAAUACUUUGACGUCAACUGCAGUAUCUUCACGCCCCGAAACUACCUGUCCUCCUCCUGGGGCUCCCCUUGGAUCAUCAACAGCCCGACGCGUGACGACCGCAGUUUCACCUUCCAGACGCAGCUGGGCCCUAGCGGUCACGACGCCGGCAAACGGGUGACAUGGAACUCGCUCUUCUCCCCUCGCUGGCUCCCUCUUAGCGCCAGGUCCACCUACAGUGAGAUGGGCGCCAUGCAGCCAACCCGCACCGACGGGGGCCGGCCAAGGAUCAUCGUGACGCCGGCCACGUCCAGCUCGGACUUUGCCGGGGUGAGCUUCCAGAAGACGGUGAUUGUGAUGGCCAGGCAGCAAGGCAAAGUAGUAGUCCGCCACGUCUAUAACUUCCACCAAAGCACGGAGGAGGUGGGAGACUUCCUGGCUAGCGCCGACCUGCAGCGUCGCGUGUCCGAGUACCUGAUCGACAGCUCCCUCUAUCUGCACGUUGUGAUAAAACCGCUCUACCAUACCCUGCUUGUCGCGAAGAAAUAAAUCGUAAACGCGCAUGCGGUUGUACUUGUGUCGCAGCAUACACACAUUUUUCAUUACUGUGUGCGUUAAUAGUCUUCCAGUUAUUUACCAAAAGAACAGAAAGGACACACGUUUUAUAGUAUUUCAUUCACAAAACAAAGCAAAAAUCCUUGUACUGUAUUUUUUCAGGCAAUGCAUAGUCUAGUAGGUUUUUCUUUUUCCUUGAAUGUAUUCCUUUUAUUGCUUAGUAUUUCAAUAUGACGUCAUACCUCUGUAUUUUUUUAAUAUUUAUUUUAUUGCUAGU